GUAUGUUCUUUCUCAGCCACAUGUCUUGUGCAGUUUUUCUCAAAAAAAAUGACCAUGCCUAGAAGAUUCUCAUUAACCAUAAAAUUUAGUUUGUGACAGCCCUCAGAGCUUUUUUGAAACCUGCAGAUCCCAGAGCCAGACUUCUAGUUUCACCUCUUUUAAGAACACCAUCCCCAUAAAGAGAGAAUUUUGAAUCAAGCUGGUGAGAAACAUUGACGAGAUUUUUCAGUGCCUGUGAAAAGGAUUCAUUUAGUUCUUUGAAAGAACACGUGGUGGCGCCGCAGACUAUGAAGAAGAAGGCGAAAAAAAUGCAUUUCAGAUGCCAACUCUAAUACGUUGAAAUACGAGCAGCCAUAGAUAGUCCUGACAGGAUAUGCGCUGUUAUCCAGAUCUGAAAAGAGGAUUGCGAAGCUGAAAGGCAUAUCGUCUUUACAUUUCCGAGGUUUUAGACUGGCGGGUUGCUGUGGUGUGCCUUUAAGGUGCAGCUGGAAGUUGAGCUAGGUCCUAAUUGCCUGAAAGGAGGAUCCCGGAAGAACAAUGAAGCCCAGAGGGAAGUCGAUUCCAUUCCAAAGGCAAGUUCUCUUCCUUGUUUUGCUCUGUGUGUGUGUAUCGUCUCUGGAACCCGGGAGCUUCUCAGUGGCGGAGGAAAUGGAGAGUAGAUCUUUUGUGGGCAAUGUGGCAAAGGUUUUGGGCUUGAAGGUUGAGGAACUGUCUGCCAGAGGGGCUCAGAUCACUUCUAAAGGGAAAAAACAGCAUUUACAGCUCAACAUUCAGACCGGAGAUUUGCUCCUAAAAGAGAAAUUGGAUAGGGAGGAGCUGUGCGGCCCUAUCGAUCCCUGUGUGCUGCCUUUCCAGAUUUUAUUGGAAAACCCCUUUCACGUAAUUCCUGCAGAGCUGAGAGUGCUAGAUGUGAAUGAUCACGAGCCUGUGUUCCCAGACAGUGAAAUGCUCUUGAAAAUCCUAGAGAAUAGCCCACCAGAAUCUUUAUUUUCUCUGAAAAAUGCUUUAGAUUUGGAUGUAGGUAUCAACAAUGUUCAGAACUAUACAGUCAACCCGAACUCCCAUUUCCGUGUUCACACUCGAACCCGCAGUGAUGGAAGGAAGUACCCAGAGCUGGUCUUGGGCAAAACCCUUGAUCGCGAGGAGCAGCCAGAGUUCGCCUUAACCCUGACUGCGGUAGACGGUGGAUCCCCGCCCAAGUCUGGGACCGCCCAAAUUCGAGUCUUGGUUGUAGACAUCAAUGAUAAUAGUCCUGUGUUUGCCCAGUCCCAGUAUGAGGUUCAGAUUCCUGAGGACAGCCCCAUCGAUUCCUUGGUUGUCACUGUAUCUGCCACAGACUUGGACACAGGAAGCAAUGGUGAAAUUUCAUACUUACUUAUUCAGAGUUCUGAGGAGAUUACCCAAACGUUUAAAAUAAACCCCCUUUCCGGAGAAAUUCGAUUGAAAAGACAAGUGGAUUUUGAGAUAAUUCAGUCAUAUGAAGUAGAUAUUGAGGCCACCGACGGUGGAGGCCUUUCUGGAAAAUGUACUGUCCUAAUCCAUGUAAUGGACUUAAAUGACAAUCCUCCAGAAUUAACUUUGUCUUCUUUAAAUAGUCCCAUCGCUGAGGACUCAUCUGAUGUUGUCGUUGCUGUUUUCAGUAUUUCAGACCCGGAUUCAGGAGACAAGGGAAGGAUAGUUUGCUCUAUCCAAGAUAAUAUUCCCUUUGUUCUGAAAUCAUCUUUGGAGAACUUCUAUACCUUGGUAACUGAUGGAGUUCUGGACAGAGAGAGCAGAGACGUGUACAACAUCACCAUUACUGUCACAGAUUUGGGAUCUCCUAGGCUCAAAACUGAGCAAAAUAUCACAGUACUGAUCUCUGAUGUCAAUGAUAACCCUCCAGUGUUUACUCAGACAGCCUACACACUAUACCUCCAGGAGAAUAACAACCCUGCUUUCCACAUUGGUGGCAUCAGUGCCAGUGACAGGGACUGGGGUUCAAAUGCCAAAAUUACCUACUCCCUGCUGCCUCCAGAAACUGAAGAACUUCCCCUCUUCUCUUAUAUAUCCAUCAACUCAGACAAUGGGCAUCUCUAUGCCUUGAGAUCCUUGGAUUAUGAAACCAUUCAAACUUUCCUGUUUACUGUGAAGGCAGUUGAUGGAGGCUCCCCAGCUCUGAGUAGUCAGGCACUGGUUCAGCUAAUAAUCCAGGAUGAAAAUGAUAAUUCUCCCUUUGUUCUAUACCCUUUGCAGAAUGGCACAGCCCCUUGUAAUGACCUAGUACCAAGGAUGGCAGAACCAGGUUACUUGGUCACAAAGGUGGUAGCUGUGGAUAGAGACUCAGGACAGAAUUCCUGGCUUUCUUACCAACUGCUCAAAGCCACAGACCCAGGACUUUUCACUGUGUGGUCCCAGAAUGGGGAAGUACAUACAGUGAGGCCCAUUAGUGACAAAGAUGCUAUCAAGCAGAGGCUCCUGGUACUAGUGAAAGAUAAUGGGCAGCCACCUUUGUCCACAGCAGCCACACUAAAUGUGCUCCUAGUCGAUGGAUUUUCUGAGCCUUACUUACAGCUCCCAGAUAUACCUAAGGAGCAAGCCCAGCAUGACUCUCUCACCAUUUAUUUGAUCAUUUCUCUAGUUUCUGUUUCUUUCCUUUUUCUGUUUUCUGUGAUAAUGUUUAUUGCUCUGCGCUUGUGGAGAAAGAAGGAUGCCACUGAUGGCAAUCAUUUCAGGCCCAACAGCUCUUUCCCAGGCCAUUUGGUGGAUAUUAGGGGUACUGGGACCCUGUCCCAGAAUUACCACUAUGAAGUAUGUCUGACCAAUGAUUCUGGCACUAGUGAGUUUAAGUUCUUAAAGCCUAUUAUUUCUAGCCUGCCUACUGAGGACAGUGGAAGAAACUCAGAAGAAAGUCCUCCCUUCCAGAAGAAUUUAGGGCUCAGUUAAGUAUUUGUCAAAUUGAGAUGCUACAUAUUCAAUUUGUAAGUUUCUAUUAUGUUUCUUUACCUAGUUAAUUUCAUGCAUCUGUAUGUUCAUAUAUAUUUUAUUUUUACCUAAUUAGGGAUGGGUCUCUACCUUACUAGUUCUUAUUACAGGGCUACAAAGCUUAUUAACUAUCUUAAAUAUUUGUUGCAACAAUAUUAGUUUAAGGAAGAAUAUAAACUAGUUUAUAAAUUGAA